CAGUCAACAAAGACAGCAGCACAGGCGACAGUGGCAGCUGAGUGGAGAGACAAGAUCCCUGCUCGUUGUUGGAAAGCUGUCCAUGAUGAAGGCCUAGACCGUCACGGAGACUUUUUGGAUGCAGCCUUUGACACAGGACCCAGGCAUGAGCCCGGCCUCUGUGACUCUGGCCAGUGUCCUGCAGGUCCGGGGCGAAGCUCUGUCUGAGGAGGAAAUCUGGUCCCUCUUGUCCCUGGCUGCUGAGAGACUGCUGGAAGACCUUCGUGAUGAUUCCUCGGACUAUGUGGUCUGCCCCUGGUCAGCCUUGCUUUCUGCAGCUGGAAGUCUUUCCUUCCAAGACCAUAUUUCUCACAUAGAGGCAGCUCCUUUCAAGGCCCCUGAACUGCUGCAAGGACAGAGUGACGACGAGCAGCCUGAUGCAUCUCAGAUGCAUGUCUAUUCUUUAGGAAUGACCCUCUACUGGUCAGCAGGGUUUCAUGUUCCACCAAAUCAGCCCCUGCAGCUCUGUGAGCCCCUGCACUCCAUUCUGCUGACCAUGUGCGAAGACCAGCCCCGCAGGCGGCUGUCCCUGCCGUCCAUCCUGGAAGCUUGUCGGGUUCACUGGGAAGAAGUGACUGUCUACCCAGCCUCUGCCAAUCUCCACAUCAGACAGCUGGUUGGCAUGGUUCUGGGCACCAUCUCCCAGGUGGAGCAGAGGGCUGUGGAAGAAAGCUCGUCCGGGCAGCGGGACAGGAGCUACCUGCUCAGGAACAGGCUGCAUCAGGCGAGCCGCGAGAGCCCAGCUGCUCAGGUCCUGGGGUGUCUGCAUCCCUGUAGAGUUUCAGAGAGAAACACAGAGACCCAGAGCUCCCCAGAGCCCAGACUGAGCGCCGCAUCUCACGGUCACUGCAGCCUCUCUGUUAACAGUGCGCUUCCUGCUGAAGGGCCCCCAGAUCCUCAGGAGGGCCGACGUCUCAGCUCUGGUUCUGCUCUCCCGGAAAACUCACGGCCGGCCACUCCCUCUCAGAGGGGUUUCCUGCAAAGAAGGGGAAAGUUCUCCAGGCCGGAGUUCGCCCUGCUGGCUGGAGAGGCCCCGGUGACCUUGCACCUGCCUGGAUCGAUUGUGACCAAAAAAGGGAAAUCCUAUUUGGCUCUCAGGGACCUCAGUGUGGUGCUACUGAGUGGACAGUGCCUGGAGGUGAAGUGUGACAUCACGUCGACUGUGGGAGCCGUCUUCAACGCCAUUGUGUCCUUCGCCAACCUUGGGGAGCUCACCUACUUUGGCUUGGCUUACCUGAAAGGUACGGGUCUUCCAGGUGGCCCACUGCUGGCCUGGUGCCGCAGGUAACCCAGGUGUCUAGAUACCUGAGUGCUAUUCUUUCCAACAAAACUGCUUGAGACUGGCAGGCCUCACCUUGCACACCUAGACAUUAGCCAGCAUAUCAAAUCCUCCUGUGCAAAUGGUCAAGUAAGUGCAGAGGAUGGUAAGGAAAUGGUGCACGUAAGACGUUGUGGCUUCUGUGAUUUGCAGGGUCUGGUUGACCGAUCUCAAUGCCUUGAGGUUAGAUAAGCAAAUGGGAAAAAUUUUUCCAUCUAGGUGG